AUGAAAAAUGUCACUGUCAACAAUGUGGCAGUGGAGUGUCUGGUAGAUACGGGAGCCGUAUCUAUACUGCGCAAGUAUAUCUUUAACAAGAUACCAAAUGUUACCCUGGAGAGGUGUGCGUCGAAGCUUCAUGGGCUGGGAAGGAAGAUUACGUGCACAGUUGGCUACUUUUUGGCGGAGGUUGCGGUGGACAAGGAGAUGACUAGACACAAGUUCGUCGUACUGGAGGAUGAAGACAUCGAGUAUGAUGCGCUGCUCGGUUUUGAUUUUUUCGCUAAAGAGGUGUCGCUGCUGAUCAAUAACUACAAGGCGGUGGAUUCGGUAGCCGAAGUUCCAGUGAGGCUAAGAAUCGUUCUGGAUGGUGAAAUCAUCCCAUUUCGUCAAUCCCCAAGUAGAUUUGCGAUUGCCGAAGAGAAUGACGUGGAAAAGCAGAUCAACGAAUGGUUAGAUGCUGGAAUCAUUCGCCCAUCUACAUCUAACUUUGCUAGCCGUCUUGUACUGCUAUCCGAGCUGACGGUGGACCUGGCCGAGGAGCGAUCUACGGCUCACAUAGCCACCGAGCGGCUGGAGGCGGAAACCGCCGAACGCUUGAAGCUGGAGAAGGAGCAGGGUGAUCAAGCCAACAAGGUGAAGAACCUUCAGGAGACGACGGAGAAGCUGGAAAUGGAGCUGAUAUGCGCCAAGUCCGAUCUGAAUGGUAUCUCUGAGGACGAGGAUGCAGAGAACGAGGAUGGUGUCGGCGGCGGGGUCUACAAGCUGAAGUACGAGCGGGUGGCCAGGGAACUGGAGUUCACCAAAAGGCGAUUGCAUACGCAAGAUGAGCACGAUCUGGAACAGCUGGUCGGGCUCAAGAAGCAAUUGGAGAAGAAGCUUUCCGAUGCCUACGAAGAAGUUGAGGAGCAACGUCAGGUUGUGGGCCAAUGGAAGCGCAAGGCGCAGAAGAUGACCAACGAGAUGAACGAUCUACGCAUGCUGCUCGAGGAGCAAGAGCGGCAGGCCAAGGAGCAGGAGGAGGAGCUGGACGAGAUGGCCGGUCAGAUACAGCUGCUCGAGCAAGCCAAGCUUCGCCUGGAAAUGACUCUGGAAACAAUGCGCAAGGAAGCGCGCCGUGAGUCGCAGCAGCGCGACGAAGAGCUGGAAGAAGUGCGCGGUAACGGCUACAAGAAGAUUAAGGCCCUUGAGUGUCAACUGGAAACUGAGCACGAGGAGCGGACUCUGUUGCUGCGCGAGAAGCACGAGCUAGAGCGGCGCCUCUCCUCCAUGGAGGAUCGCGAUCGUGUUGAUCGCGACGCCGAUGAAGCGCUCAACCAAAAACUGCGACGGGAUCUUCACAAAUACAAGGCCCUGCUCAAGGACGCUCAGACACAGUUGGAGCGUCUUAAGGCCGACACUCCUGGCAAGACGCUUAUAAGACAACUGCGUAACCAACUGGAGGAUGCGGAGUCUGCUCGUUCCCUGGCUAUGAAAGCGCGACAAACAGCGGAAGCAGAACUUACUGAAGUACAGGCCAUGUUCGAGGAGUUGCAUCGAGCUAGGAAUGACGCGGAAGAGCGAGCCAAUGCGGUACACAGAGAUUGGGCUGAGCUUCAGGCCCAGAUUGAGGAGAACGAAGAGGAGCUUGGCGAACUGAUGAAGAAGUACAGUGCCACGGUAAAGCAACUGAGAAGGGAUGGGAUCGAGAUUCAACGCGCACAGGAAUCUUAUAAAAGGAAUUUUGACCUUAAGCGGAAACCAGAAGUCGCAUAUAAAGUAGGAGACCUAGUCGCUAUACGCCAGACACAAUUUGUUGCGGGAAAGAAGUUGGCUGGAGAAUAUAUGGGACCGUACGAAGUUUCAACUGUCAAGAGGAACGGCAGAUACGAAGUUCGAAAGGCAGCAGAUUUUGAAGGCCCAUGUAAGACUUCCACAAGUUGUGAUUACAUGAAGUUGUGGAGGUAUGUCCAGGACAAUGAGGAUGAUUGGUCAUCUGGGACAGAUGAAUAG